CAGCAGCUCAGGAUAUAUUUAUAUAAGCCAAGUAGUUUCAUAAGGAGGAGACGAACUAGCUGUAGAAUCAUCAAUUAUGGAUUCUAAUGAAGCAAAGGACUUGUUCCAAGCUCAAUCUCAUGUGUACAAACACAUAUUCAACUUCGUGAGUUCUAUGUCACUCAAGUGUGCAGUUCAGCUAGGCAUACCAGACGUAAUUAACAGCCAUGGCCAAGCCAUUACUCUACAGGAAUUGGUCACAGCACUUCAACUUCACCCAGCUAAAUCUGGCUACGUGCAGCGGCUCAUGCGUCUGAUGGUACACUCUGGUUUCUUUGCUACGAAAAAAGUCUGUAAGAAUCAUGAUGAACAAGAGGAAGAGGCCUAUGAUCUUACACCGUCUUCUAGGCUCCUCCUGAAAAACAAGGUCCCGAGUUUGUUACCGUUUGCUCUGGGGAUGUUUGAUCCAGCUUUUGCAACCCCAUGGCAGUUUUUGGGAAAUUGGUUCCGAGGGAACGAGCUCACACCGUUUGAGACUGCACAUGGGAUGGGAUUUUGGGAAUACGGAGACAAAAACCCUGAAUUCAACAGUGUUUUCAAUGAAGCAAUGGCCAGUGAUUCCGGAAUGAUGAACUUGGUCAUCAAAGACUGCAAGCCAAUCUUUGAGGGGUUGACUUCUUUAGUUGAUGUAGGAGGUGGUUCUGGAAAAGUUGCUAGGAUCCUUUGUGAGGCUUUCCCCAGCUUGAAUUGCACAGUUCUUGAACUUCCACAAGUUGUUGCUGACUUGCCGGAUAGUGCGAAUUUGAAGUUCAUUGCAGGUGAUAUGUUCAAUGCUAUUCCUCCAGCUGAUGCUAUCCUGCUCAAGUUAACUUUACAUGCUUUGAACGACGAGGAAUGCUUGAAGGUUCUGAAGAAAUGCAGGGAAGCCAUUCCAGGCAAUGGCCAAGGAAAGGUUAUUAUCAUAGACAUUGUGAUAAACGCGGAGAAAGACGAGCACGAAUCAAUUGAAGCAAAGCUCUUCUUUGACAUGUUGAUGAUGGUUGUGGUGACCGGAAGAGAGAGAAGUGAGAAAGAGUGGGAAAAGCUCUUUCUGGAGGCUGGUUUCAGCAAAUACAAGAUAACACCCAUCUUUGGUUUAAGGUCCCUUAUUGAAGUUUAUCCUUAGAAACUGUCAUAUGCUGUAAGCAGUUUCAUUUUGAAAGAUCAAUCUUGAAAUUAAUCAAUAAAUCAUUAUAUCCGAAGUCUUAACAAUUUC